AUGGGUUGCUCAACUACAGACUCGAUUUCUUCUCAAUCUGUGAGGAAAUCGGGUCAGUCUGGCAGUGUUAUCUCCCCUUCCUUAUAUUCCCAAUCUAGUAGUGGUUGUAGUAGUUCAUCAUCUAUUGGUAAUUCUCCCUAUUCUUUUAAUGGAACAAUAAUUCCUUCCUCUACAACUCAAAAACAAAAACAACCAAUUUUGUCUAAUAGUGACAUUUCAUCCCACAAUAAUAAUAAAUUAAAUAAACGCGCAAAGAAAAAUUCUCUCCUAACUCUUUCGCGUGAGGAAUUGGCAGAAAGGAAAAAACAACAAAAUCGAGUGGCAGCCCAACGUUAUCGUAAUCGACGUACCCGAACCUUGGAAAGUGAAAAAUGUGAAAUUGAUGAGUUGGAAUCUCGUAAUUUUAAAAUGCGAGAAGAAUUGGCUAUGUUGUCUAAAGAAAUUGAAAAAUUGAGAGGUCAAUUACUCCUUUCCCGUUAG